AUGAUCGACUUUCAGUCACAACUAACGAAAACAAUACAACAUGAACAACGUUUGUCAGAUCUAUUGACCCAUGAAGAUGACGAACAUUUAUUAGCUCGACGUUCAUGGGAUAUCGCAUUACAACCAAUCAAACAACUACCUAUGAAUGUCGUUUUAGCUUGGAUGGCUGGAAAUUCCUUUUCAUUAAUGUCGAUUAUGAUUGUCGUCAUGUUGUUUAUGAAACCGAUUCAAGCAAUAUUUUCACUUAGCUCGGCGUUUUCUUCAUUGCAACAAGAAGGUUUAGUUGGAAACAUUUGGCUACAUAAAAUUAUGUACUUUCUCGGCAAUCUCACUCAUUUAGCGUUAGCUUUAUAUAAAUGUCAAUCGAUGGGUUUAUUACCGACAUACAAUUCCGAUUGGAUUGCAUUUGCAGAUCAACAAACCCAAAUGGAAAUGUCUUUUGGUGGAGUCACUUAUUUCUAA